CAGGACUGAAUAGACUUUAAACACUCAGCACAUGGAGAACAUGCUUUUAGAUUCUUGAAACCAGAUCUUCUAUUUCUCUGUAGUUACUAUGGUGAUAGAUGCUAUAGAGAUGUGCAGAUCCUAUUGUGACCUCUCCUUGGUGCAGGGAUGCCGUGAGUCUCUGGCUUCAUUGUCCACCAGGGCCUGGCAGGUCUGGCUGCUUCUCUUCAUGCACUGAGUGGUAGAGGUGCUGUCCUCGCCUCUGGGACCAGCUGUCUCCAGCCUUGGCCUCCCCUGCUAGUCAACAAAAGCAGGACUUGCCAGGGAACAAUCUUCUCGGGUUGCCGUGUAAUCUAAGCAAGUGAAGGACCAGAAGAGUGAGCGCGCAGGAAUCACACUCGGCAACGAUGUCAGCGGAACCAGAGACUGCGGAGGGGGUCGAUGAGUCGGAGAAAAAGAGCUCUGGGGCCUCAGAGAAAGAGAACCACACCAGGAUGGCUGACCUCUCUGAGCUCCUGAAGGAAGGGACCAAGGAAGCACAUGACCGGGCAGAAAACACCCAGUUUGUCAAGGACUUCUUGAAAGGCAACAUAAGGAAGGAGCUGUUUAAGCUGGCCACUACUGCACUUUACUUCACAUAUUCAGCCCUUGAGGAAGAAAUGGAGCGCAACAAGGACCACCCAGCGUUUGCCCCCUUGUACUUCCCCACGGAGCUACACCGGAAGGAGGCACUGACCAAGGACAUGGAGUAUUUCUUUGGUGAGGACUGGGGGGAGAAGGUGCAGUGCUCUGAGGCUGCUCAAAAGUACGUGGAGCGGAUCCACUAUGUGGGGCAGAAUGAGCCGGAGCUGCUGGUGGCCCAUGCCUACACCCGCUACAUGGGGGACCUCUCAGGGGGCCAGGUGCUGAAGAAGGUGGCCCAGCGGGCCCUGAAACUCCCCAGCACAGGAGAAGGGACCCAGUUCUAUCUCUUUGAGAACGUGGACAAUGCACAACAGUUCAAGCAGUUGUACCGGGCUAGGAUGAAUGCCUUGGACCUGAACCUGAAGACCAAAGAGAGGAUUGUGGAGGAGGCCAAUAGGGCCUUUGAGUACAACAUGCAGAUAUUUGAUGAACUGGACCAGGCUGGCUCCUUGUUGGCCAAAGAGACCCUGGAGGACGGGCUCCCCGUGCACGAUGGGAAAGGAGAUGUGCGUAAAUGCCCCUACUAUGCUGCUAAAUCAGACAGAGGUGCCCUGGAGGGCAGCAGCUGCCCCUUCCGAACAGCCCUGGCUGUGCUGAGUAAGCCCAGCCUGCAGUUCAUUCUGGCCGCCGGUGUGGCCCUGGUUGCUGGCCUCCUGGCCUGGUACUACAUGUGAAGGACCCAUCGUACCACGUUGGCGCCCUCCUCCUGAGUGACCACUGGCCUGCCCCCACCUCCACCGGUGACUAAACUACCACCUCAGGUGACUUUUCUUAAAUGCUGGUUUUGAGAAAACCAAUAAAGGCCAGACGCUAAAGCCUCUGCCUGUAGCGUCCUCUCUGUGGACUAGACGCUGAGCUGGCUGUAGGCCCACCAUUCCUGCAGCCAUUAGGCCAUGGUCCUGGGAGCAGCCAGCGCAGCUCAGCAGAUCUGCCUGGGCCUCUGGAGCCAGCUCUGCUCCAGGGGCCUCCACACUGCUCACCCUGAGGCUCCUUCCCUUCAUACUUCCUUAUGUUAGCAUUUAGGUGGGUACCUUUCCCCUGAUGGGAACAGAGCAGCCAGCAAGCCCACACUGCUGUAGCUCUGUGGGAGGGAGGGGUGGCUUGCACCCUACCUCAGAGGCCUGGGGAGCUCCGUCCUGAACAGCCAAUCCUCACCCUCUCAAGCAGAAACUCCAGAAGAGGGGAGUCUGUUUAGCUGUGGCCUAUCUCCUCCCUUGACCUGUGUAAAUGCUACAGCACUCAAUAAAGUGGACUCUGACA